UUCUCGCAAAAAUCUCGAUUUCCCGUGUUCAGUACCUACACUAGUCGACAAAAUUUCUGCUCCAAUUGCAGUUUCAAUUGAAUUUUCACAGUGAAAAGGCGUUCCAGGUCAAAAUAUUAUUUUUAGAAUAAUAUUUAGUCAAACUCUGCAAAUUUUGUGAAUAAAAUUCAUUCAAAGCAGUUCAAAAAUAAAAAGAAAUCGUAAAAAUCAAAGUGGGCUUCGGGAUUCCCGUGGAGUGCAAAAUUUGUCGGUCAGUGUAAUAGAUAGCAUUACAAAAGUUCCACGCGAAAAACUUCCGUGAAAAGAAAAAACUUAAUAGUUUCGCACACAAGUCGAAUUUGCAAAUUAAGUGAAUUUUCGCAUAAAGAGUCUGCAGUUUGCAGUUUGUUUUCUUGGUCGUGUAUCAUUUGUUUAUCGUAUGUCCAUCCAGAAUCUUAAUACAUUCGACCCCUUUGCAGAUGCAAUCAAGGGUGCUGAUGAAAAUGUGCAAGACGGUCUUGUACAUAUAAGAAUUCAGCAGAGGAAUGGUCGCAAGACGUUAACUACUGUUCAAGGGCUCUCCUCGGAAUAUGACCUGAAGAAGAUUGUUCGGUCAUGUAAAAAGGAAUUUGCGUGCAAUGGCACUGUAAUUGAGCACCCAGAGUACGGUGAAGUGUUGCAAUUGCAAGGUGACCAGCGUGAAAAUAUUUGUCGCUGGCUUACAAAAUCGGGGCUUGCAAAGGCUGAGCAGCUCAAAGUUCACGGAUUCUAAAAGGAUAAAAUAAAAUACAAGCAAAACAGAAAAAUAAUAAUCCAACGUGUGGUGGAGCACAGAAGGAGGUGCUCGGAAGUAAAUAAAGAAAAAUCUUUCGAAAAGAAAAAAAAAAUCUCACACAGUAAAAGAAAAUCUUAAAAGUUGAGGAGAAAUUGUGAAAAGUGACGUCAAGAGAAGGAAAAAAAAGAGGAAUUAAUGCCAGAAGAAAGGGUGGGUGAUAAUAAGAAAUUUUUGUGAUUGAGUUCAAAUGGAAUGACCUUGUUUUUUUUGCGCUUUCUUUUAAAUGAAACUGAUUAAAAUUCUCGAAGAAAAAUUAAUAAAAUAAAAAUUCCAACCCACUCUGGCAUAGAUUUUUUUUAAAAAAACUUUGAAAUGUAAUUCUCUCCUCUAUUUAGAACUUUAAACACACACACAAAAGAAUAAAUAAAAAACACUCAAUGAAAAUUAAUUAAAUGUUUAAAACAGAAAUAUAAAAAGUUAUAUAAAAAAACAGAUGAUAUAAUUCAAAUCCUUUUUUUUGUCAUUUAUUGUAAAAGAAAAGAAAUAGUUUAGUAGACAAUUUUCCCUGCCACGCGCGGAAGGGAGGCUGAAACGAGAAGAGGGAUCUUUUAUGACUUUGUAAUGAGAUUUUGAAUUUUCUCAUUAAGGACAUCUCGUUCCUUUAAUAAAACAACAACAAAUUUACAAAAAAAUAAAUAAAACAUUAAUAAAAAAACAAAUAGUAAGGAUAGAAAAACAAAAAACAAGAGAGAUGUCCUGAAAAAAAUGAGAUAAAUACAAUUUGAAGGAUGUAAAGGGAAACUUCAUUAGUUUGACAGGCAAGAAAAUAGAGUUUAAAAGGAAAGAAUUUGCAAUUUAACACGCUAAUAAAAGAGAGAAGAAAAAAAUAA